CUCCACGGGCGCUGACCGCGGCUAAUACCGUCGUCGGUGAUGCGCCGUAUCUAAACCAAAAGUAAAUUUAGCCAAAUAUGUUCAGUUAGUUAACACUAAUAAAUUGACUGACAGAAGCAGCAAAGUAAUUCAAAACUAGUUGUCAUAUCAUUCAAAUUCUGUGAGCAAACUGAGAGGAAGUUCUGAAGAUGGAAGGAACCAACAGCAUGGAAGCUGAAUUAUCAAAGAAUAUUGAGGCCAAGCUGGCGACUUUCGUCAGAGGCAUAAUGUUCAUUGGGCAUGGAGAAACGGCUUUGCAGGUAUUUGGGUGGUUGGUGGCAUAUGCCAAGUUUCACAAGAUUCCAAACCCUUCUUACAAGGGAGAAAUUUCGACAUCAACAGAAGACAGAGAUCCAAUUUGGAGCCCUACACCGGAAUGGUUCAAAGACUUUAUGAUUAGAAAUUUUUCAGGGAAAAUGACAAUGAAAUCUAACGUUCGUCCUGAAGCUGAAGUUCCAGAAUGGUUGAAAGACUUUUUGAGAAGAAAUUCUUCACAGGAACAAGUGGGGACAUCCAAAAUUUCUAAUGAAGAUGCUCAAGAACUGCUUCAACCCCCUGCUCCAUUGGAUGGAAAUGGAGUGCCCAGAAAGGGUCGCUGGGUUUGGAGCGAAGAGAAAGAUGAUCAGCAAAAGAUUAUCAGCGACUGUCAGAGCCUCACUUCCAAAAUUAUGGUUGAUGACAAAAAACGACAGAGAGUUGACAUAGAUGCAGUAGUAGUAACUCAAGAAAUUUUAGCCAAGGCUGAAGAAAUACUGGAUCCUCAAACAUCUGGAGUCGAAAAAGAGUCAAAGAAGAGAAAAAUUCUCAACAAUGAAAGUGAUUCAGAUUAGGCAGAUUUUCUUAUGAUGAUGGGUGUCUUUCUGAAUUUGAAUUCUGAUAUCGGAAUCGUCGGAAGCAUGAACAACAGUAUAACAGAAAGUUGUAUGCAAUCAAUCUACGUUAUUGUUACAUAUGGAAAACUGCAAGGAGGUUAAUGACGACAGUUGCGAUCAUUGACCACUCCCAAAGUUUUGUUAUUUGUGCAUAAAAUUUGUAUGUGCCGGAUAAUUGUUCUUUGAUGCAGGUCUCGCUGAAAACCAGUAUGGUCUUUCAAGGUGCGUGCACACCGGGAAAGUAAUGGCGGCCAGAACAACUUUCAAAUGCUUACUGAGACUAGUUAUCACACUGAUGGCCUAUUGAAAAGGCUUCGUGGGUUGUUCCGAAGCCAAUAGCACACAUAAUGUACCUACCAUUCGUGCGUGCUGCGUACUAGCCACGUGACACGUCACAGUAUGUCUCGUACUCGAUUUCUGUUUUACCAUGCCUCGUACCGUUUCAUUUACUGUUAAUUAUGCUACGUAUGCACAAUGAACGUGUUUAAAACCCAAUGUGGUAGUAUGCAUCCUAACACUGUACCAAUUUUCUCCCCUAUAUAAUGCAUCCUUGAACAUGUUGUUACUGAAGGUUGAGGAAAGCACCCAUGGGUUGGUGAGGGUUAUGGCAGAAGCAAAGAAUUAGUGAAAUUAGCGUCAUUCCUGUUUGAAAAUAUUUCGAUCUAGGCAAAAAUUGCAGCACACGCCUCGAAGUGAUAUCUGUGAGUGAUUCAGGGGUACAGUCCGGGAUACUAUAGCAAGGCUAAUAUAUACUGCUGCUUUAAGGCAUUUUGCAAAAAAAAUUACUUGCUAAUACUUCAACGGACGCUGAAGGAAACGUUGAAACCUUGCUGUUGUUGAACUGGUGCUAUCUUGGCUCUUUUACUAGUCAAGUGAUGCUCAUGUUCAUGUUCUGAAAUAUGUUCUUCACAAUUGAUAACUAAAAUAAAACCUGUAGUUACUUCAAAUUCUAACAUGGUGCUGUUGAAGUAGUCCUCAUUUUGAGGUGCUUCUGUGUAUCGGUGCAAUUUUUUUUUUCGCUAAAAUUUCGUGGUUUUAAUUUGAAUAAUUUUGCUUGCUUGACAGAAGCAAACAUCUCUUGUAGAGCCUGGCACUUUUUUGAGAACUUGAAAUUGGAAGGCUCAUGUUUUGGUAGUUUCCUUGUGUUGAAUUCUUCGAAUAAUUUUUCUUCAAA